UUAGAGGCAGGCGGAUGGUCCAGGCUUUCCAAAGGGCCGGGGAAGAGCCUUGCCUUUUGCAAACAGAAAACGGCCGCCGCCGCCGCCACCACCACAGCAAAGGAAAGGGAAGUUCGCGGGGCCAGCUAAAUAUCCACAGCAGCCAGCCCUUGUCAGUCCAGGGCGGGACAACAGGGCUGGGUCCCCAAGUCUGGGUAGCUGAAGGUUUCGUGAGAGCAGCCUGGAGAGGGCGGGAAACCCCGCGCUGAGCACUCGCGCCCUCCCGCUUCCUCUCGCACUCCCAAAGCGCUGGAGUCAUCAGGGAAAGGAGGACUCUCUGGGCUUCGCGUGAGGCUCAGGCUUGGCGGCGGCUGCUGCUGCUCUCCCGCCUGGCAGAACGAGAGAGGGCCGCCGCGACAGCCCUCAGCCAGCCAGCAGCAUGGGCUCGGAAGCACACGAGAUGAACGGGCUGACCACUGCGGACGAGAAGUAGGUGGAAGGUGAACUAUUCUGCCACAAUCAACUUCUUCCAAUCCCAGGACUACCGAUCACAGAAAACAAUAAAGAUACAGCAUGAUUAUAUUGUUUUUAUAAGCCUCGUUGGUUUAUCUUUGGCAAGAAAGGCAGCCCACACACCUUGGAUCCCACGCACCCUGGAAAUGAUCUCUUUCAGCUUCUGCCUUCGAGAAGGAGGUCCAGUCAUCCCAGGACAUAAGCUUCCAUCAAGGCAUGGAUUUGUGGUUUUCCUGGGAAGCACCAUGGUGUGGGCCUGAAGACCUUUCCUUUGGGGCUUAGAGUCUUUGCCUGUUCAAAAGCAUCUCUGCCAACUUCAUUGAUACUAAAUUUCAUGCUCAAAAACACUCACCAUUUAGAAACAAAACAAUGAACAUAAACCAUUAUGCCAAUAAGAAGAGUGCAGCAGAGAGUAUGUUGGACGUUGCUUUGCUUAUGGCCAAUGCAUCCCAGCUCAAGGCAGUGAUGAUGCAAGGACCUACGUUCUCCUUCUAUAUUCCACUUAUUGCUCUCAUCAGUGUCUCACUCAUGCUUCAGAUCGGAGUAGGUGUGCUGCUGAUUUUCCUUGUCAAAUAUGACCUUAAUAACCCUGCGAAGCAUGCCAAGCUGGAUUUCCUCAAUAACCUUACAACUGGACUGGUGUUCAUUAUAGUCGUCGUGAAUGUUUUUAUUACUGCAUUUGGUGUGCAGAUGCCAGCCCCCAAAGACUAGGUGAUGUAAAGACAUCCAGCUGAGCACUAGACAUUGCAGGUAAUUUCUGCACUUGAGCCAGAUUCUCUGGGCUACAAAGCAUGAAAAAGCUGAAUCAAUUAAGAUUUUUUAAAAAAAAAACCCUCUUUCCAUCGAACUAUGUACCAGAAAGGCCUAUUCUUUUAAAUUUCUUCACUCCAUAAGAUGCUGGACCUGCUUUUUUAUUUUUUUAUUUUUAAGAAAGCCAACCUUAAAUAUGCAAUGCAGGAGAUUGCACCUAAGGAUCCUGGCAUCAAAAUGUUCACGUAAAUACAUGGUUGACAUUGCAUCAAUGAAGAUUGCUGUGUAAAUUAUUUUUUUCCAGAAACUGUUAUCCCAGGACUCCACAAGGAGCUCAGAAUUUCUUAUUCUCUGUGCCUUCCUGAGGGAUGCUGAACAAAGAAAGAUGAAGUCUACAUUUUAGACUUUAAAUAGUGACACAGUACAGGAAGAUGACUUUCAAACAGAUAUUUCUGCACUAGUGAACUUGUCUUUUAAAGGAGGACAAGUUUACCUAGCAAAAGUCUAUGAUCUCAGUGUUUUGCACAGAUUAAAGAAUUUAUGUAAUGUUUGCUUUAUUUGCAUAAUUCCAGCUGCAGAAUUGCCUCACCAUGGAAUUUGGAGGGGUUUUAUCUGUAAAGACUAAGGUGUAUGAAAACAAUGGGAUUGAAGCAUUUAGGACAGUCACAUUUCUGUUCUGUGCAGGUCACUAUACUAACGUGCCUUCUUACAAAGCCAUCAUUUAGCCCUCAGAACCAGAAGUUGCAGACCCAUACAUACUUUCCUGGGAGUAAACCCCAUUGAAAACAAUGGGGCUUAUUUCCGAAGUGCAUGGUAUUGUACUGCAUGUAUUCCAAAGAGACCAGGGUCCAUACAUUCUUGAAGUUAGUAUUAAAAAUCAUUCUUCACCCUUUGUGUCUGUGUGUACACCCACACACACUGUGAUCAUAGUCCUUUUGGAAGAGUUGGUGCAAAAUGUACUCUUUUGAGACCAAUAUCUUUUAAAACAGUGCAUAGUUUGCUUAGUGACUGUAGCUUUUGAUCAGUCCUUUAACAGCUUUCUCCUGACUACAGUAAGAAGCAUGCAUGGCCAGUACUUUGGCAUCCUCCAGCCAAAUCCAUACUUCCACGGUGUCUUAUUCUACCACUCACACAUUUCAUAUAAAUACCCAUGCAUGUAAAAAAUAUGUGUAUGGAAACCCUGUUUUGAGUGGAGAAUGAAUACAUCUGUUUUGCUGUAAUCCAUAAGCAACUGGAACCUGUGGCCAAUUCCUCCUUCCCACCAUGGGUGCAUGUGAUUUUUUUACACCAGUGCAGGGGGGAAAUGGAUCUUGAGGUCUCAGGGUGGCUAACAGACCUGUCUGUCAAUCUGUCAGUUAGUCCAUGUUCAUGAAAUAAUUUCCAUGCACACAUGUUUCAGAUAUGCAAUGGCCUUGGCUCUUUCCUCCAAAAAAACAAAUGUAUGCAACUGAACAAAAAUCUUCAUUUUUCUUAAAGGAGAAGAAUUCAGAUUGGGACUGUGGUGCUUCAGGAGAGGGGGUACUUCUGUGCUAUUUGCUCAGUGAAUAUCACUAUUCUGAAGCUAUUUCACUCAUCAGGCAAACCAUGCAGGUUCCAUUUGGUACUUGUAUGUGUUCUCAAAUGGCACAAUGAGCAGGUUUGAGAGGGAGGGAUUUUCAUUGAGAGCAAUGUCCUUCAGUUGGGAAAGGAGUAGUUACAAUCUUACUUAUCCACUGAAAUAGAAUUGGCUUGAGGGCAUUACACUCUUUGUUGGAUUAUGGGCAUUCUUUCUAAUGAGACAUCAUCCUUUCAUUUGCCUUCUUUGGGUAACUUGGCAUGGAAAAUAAUAGUUUUUAAAACUAGAAUACUUUUGAUGAACACCACUGAGUUGGGAAAUAAAACCAAGACUAUAUACUGUUGCUGGCAAUUAAAUUCAUUACAAUAUUCCCUUUUCUAAUUUAUUAUAUGUUAGAACACAGAAAAAUUGCCUUCUAUUUUAACUUGCUUACAGAUGUAAUUUUAUGAAAUAUUACCUUGUUAUUUUAAAAUGUAUGUGUUUUAAAUAUACAUAGCACAUUAUGGCAGUAUUUAGAAAGAUUGCUGUAGCACUUUUAUUUACGGUAUCAUUUCAGUAGAUAAUUUUUUCCAUUGAUUAUAACUACAGAUAUUUCAAGAAAACUAGGAAUUUUUUUUUCUGUUUUGCUAGCACAAAAAUAACAAGCAUGGAAGAAUCUUUGUUUUAUUUUAGUGAUAAAAUGUUGGGAUAGUCUUUUCGUAUAGGUAAAAAUAGUGUUUUGUAAGACAUAAUGAAAAAUAAAGUUCUGUUUGUUGUACAGUCA